CGUUUGGCUGCCCUUUGCUCUCACCAGAGAAAGCAGAGACCUGCAGGUAUCCGAGAACUACAAUUCCCAGAAGGCCGCAGCGCGGGCUUUGGGCCGGAUGUACUCUUGGUCUGAGACCUGCUGGUACAAGCUGGGCAAGGGUCUCCCACAUCUACGUUCAUGGCGUCCCCUAACAAGGCAGUGAUUGUUCCCGGGAACGGAGGCGGGGAUGUGGCCACCCACGGCUGGUACGGCUGGGUGAGAAAGGGGCUGGAGCAGAUUCCUGGGUUCCAGUGUUUGGCUAAAAACAUGCCUGACCCAAUUACAGCUCGAGAGAGCAUCUGGCUGCCCUUCAUGGAGUCAGAGCUGCACUGUGACGAGCAGACCAUCAUCAUAGGCCACAGUUCCGGGGCCAUCGCAGCCAUGAGGUACGCAGAGACACAUCAGGUUUAUGCUCUCGUAUUGGUGUCUGCAUACACAUCCGACUUGGGAGAUGAGAAUGAGCGUGCAAGUGGGUACUUCAGCCGCCCCUGGCAGUGGGAGAAGAUCAAAGCCAACUGCCCUCACAUUGUACAGUUUGGCUCUACUGAUGACCCCUUCCUUCCCUGGAAGGAACAACAAGAAGUGGCAGAUAGGCUGGACGCCAAGCUGUACAAAUUCACUGACCGUGGUCACUUUCAGAACACAGAGUUCCAUGAACUGAUUAGUGUGGUGAAGUCUAUGCUGAAAGGACCAGAAUAGUCAGGAUGACUCCUGUUCUGUAACAAACAGGCCAGGAUGGAGCAAAGUAAUAUUAACAACUAUUCUCACCCAGUACUAGACAGGAAAUGUCCAGUUAAGCUGCAAAAGCACCUUAACAACAAACCCAUUUGAACACUCACACUAAGUUACUAGCACUUUCAUUUCCUACAGAACUUAAAUCUUCCUGAAAAGCUACUAACUAUAGCAGUAGGUUUCCUGUUUGGUAAGGGACACAGAGUUUGUUUAGCUAUCCUGUUGAUGCAAAGAGAGCUAAGUCAGAAGAAUCCAGAACUUGAUAAGACAUGGUGGUGCGUCCCUGUAAUUACUUCAGAGAAAGCAGGGGAUCGGGAGCGGAAGGCUCGCUUGAUCCUGUCUCAAAAGAAAGAGCAAGAACACAACCUAGGUCUCCUGAGUCUCAUUCCAAAUGACAAUAGGUUUAGAAGAUGUGAUCCACUUCUGAGACCCCAAUACUUGCAAAGGUGAGGAAGGUGGAAUCUUGAGUUUGAGGCUGGUCUAGGCCUAAAAAAGUAAAACCCUGUUUCAAAACAAAGCAAAAACAAAAAACAGAUUUUCAUUCAAAUUAUAUGAGUGACAGUUUUUCCUUUUUGAAAUAAUUUUUUUUUUCUUACUGGGGAAAGAAAACAUGAGUUAAGGUCCAGGAUGUUGUCUUAGAACUCAAAACUCUAGCUGCUCUUUCAAGCUGGCUCAAAAGAGUAAACUCAAACUUGGAUCUUCAUCCUGGCAUUCCUGACCCCACCACAUCCCCAGGUCCUUCUAACGAGUAGAGAGAAACCAACGACUAUGGAUGCUGAGUAAGGAGCUGCAGGGGCGAAUAUCUGCAUAGCCUGUCACCUAUAUGUCAACUGGACAUGACUGGCAGAAUUAGAUCUUGGGAGAGUGCUGCAAUAUAGAAAUGUGACAAGUACUCAUGUCCUUUUUUUAACUGGGGGAAUAUAUAUGUAUGUAUAUUCAAUCUCUACAUUAAUUAUAGUGGCUAGCAACAGCAUUGUAAUUCAAAAAUUUGCAAAUGCUACAAGACAAAGACCAAGUCAUCCAUUUGUGAGCUUGGUCAUAAACAUUUUUAGCUUCACUAUGAAGUCCAAGAAAAUGAUACUAAGAUGAUACUAAAGGGUGGAAAUCAAGGGGGCAGUCUGUACUGUGUUAUUAAGUUUUAGGUAGCUUCAAAAUAACUUUUCCGGGGCUGGAGAGGUGGCUCAGCAGUUAAGAGCACUGACUUUUUCAAUUCCCAGAAACCACACAGUGGCUCUGUAAUGGGAUCCAGUGUCCUCUUCUAGUUAGUCUAAAGAGACAGUGUACUCACAUACAUAAAAUAAGUAAAUCUUUUUUUUCCACAAUGCAAGUUUAAUUCUAUAGAGUUCAGCCUCUUGUAGAAAGCAUUCAAGCAACACUACUGAUUUUUCUUAUAUUCACUCAAAAAUAAACAGCCCCUUUUUAAUACUACUUUUUAUAUUGUAUAUAUUCAAUGUAUAAAAUGGUUUUAUGAUUACAUUUUCACUUGUUUAUAAAGUACUUUGACCAUAUGCAAAAAAAUAAAAUAAAAUGUUUAUUUCCUA